CGUCUGCCAGCUGGCAGGCUGAUGAACCCGGGCCGUCAAGGUGCCCGCCGGCAGCCCACCUGAAAGCACACCAUCGACAACCACGAGUCGUCAGCUUCCCUUUCAACACGCUUCCAGGCAAACCAACUCAACCACCACCCAAGCAAUCUCCUCCAUAUACCCGGCCAAAAUGGCCACCAUCGGCAGCCUCGAACGCGUCUCGGCAGCUUCACUCUCGCAAAUCCUCCUCGGCGCCAAAGAACGAGCCGCCUCGGGUGACCCCACCAUAGCCAUCAUCGACGUGCGAGACGAUGACUACAUCGGCGGGCACAUCAAGGGCUCGGUGAACGUGCCGUCGCGCACCCUGGACGCCAUGCUCCCGACGCUGGUCCGCCAGCUGCAGGACAAGGAGACGGUCGUCUUCCACUGCGCGCUCUCGCAGCAGCGCGGGCCGGCUGCCGCGCUGCGGUAUAUUCGCGAGAAGGAGGCUGUGGAGAGGGCGGCGGCGGAGAAGAAGGAGGCGGCGGCGGGUGCUGACGGGGUGGAUCAGGAGGGUGGUGGUGGUGGUGGUGGUGGUGGUGGUGGUGAUGGGAAGGUGCAGAAGGUGGUUGUGUUGGAUCGUGGGUUUGUGGGGUGGCAGGAGGUGUAUGGGACGGAUGAGCGGUUGACGGAGGGGUAUCGGAAGGAGUUGUGGGAGGAUGGGUAUCAGGGGUGAGGUUUGAUGCUGGGUGGCAACCGUUAUGUGCGUUCAUACCUUAGAUCGUUAUGUUGAGGAGCCCAAAGCAUAGACCCCUCCGAGGAGUAACACCCCUUUCCGGACAUUCAAAGUAUCAGAGUGGCGCGCCGUAUGCCAUCUAACUGGCACUUGACAGACGCAAACUUCACUUCAGGGGUCAACGGCAGCAUUUUGAUCACGGCAUGGUUCGGCUACGGAGCUCUUCUGCUACAAGCGACACCAUCAACAUCACACGUUGGCAAUCAUAAACGGAGGUCCAGGAAUGGGCAAUAUUGCAACGACGCGAGGGUCGUUAUUGAAUUAAAAUUAUCUGUGCGCCGGCC